AUGGGUUUGGUUACAGAGGAGGUGAGAGCUAAGGCAGAGAAGUACAGUGGAGAUGAGAUAUGCAGAGAGAAGACAAAGACUUUCCUCAAGGAGAUAUCUAUGCCCAAUGGUUUACUACCAUUGAAGGAUAUAGAAGAGGUUGGGUACGACAGAAAGUCGGGUGUUGUGUGGCUUAAGCAGAAACAGAGCAUCACUCACAAGUUCGCAGAGAUCGAUAAGCUUGUCUCCUACGGAACUGAGGUCACUGCCGUGGUUGAGACCGGGAAGAUCAAGAAGCUCACUGGAGUCAAGGCCAAGGAGCUUCUUAUUUGGGUCACUAUCAACGAGAUCUAUACUGAGGACCCGCCUACCAAAGGGAAGAUCACGUUCAAGACACCAACCACACUGUCCAGGACU